AAGGGGGGGCCCUGCACCGCCGGCGCGACUUUGGCCACGGGGUGUGGAGCGCGGCUGACGGACACGGGCUCUGCCGCCAGCGCCCGUCCUGCCGCCUUUCCGAGCGGAGCGCCCAUCGCUGGCGAGCGGCGGCAGCCGGCACCGGGCGGGGACACGCAGCCGGGGAGCGGAGCGCGGCGACAGCCAGCGGAGCGCGCUUGCCUUGCCUUGCCUUGCCUGGCCGGCGGGCGGGGAGGAUCGGCUCGGCUCCGCUCGCCGAGGUCGGCGCUGACGGCGGCAAUCUGCCGUGCCGCGCAGCCAUGCCCGCCCUCCUGCUGCUGCUGCUGCUCCUCAGCUGCCGCGCUGCCGCCGCCGAGGACGGCUCCCUGCUGCGGCCGGGCCCGGGCAGGCAGAGCGCCGCCGCCCCGACGGCCGCGAGCCUCGCGCUGCGCGGCGCCGAGCACAACGCGUCCCGCCCGGCCGCGCUGCCCAAGGGCGCGGGGCCGGCCGGAGGGCGGCCGCGCUCCGCCUCGCCCCCCAUGUGCACGGGGCAGACGGAGAUCAAGGAGACUUUCAAGUACAUCAACACGGUCGUGUCCUGCCUGGUCUUCGUCCUGGGCAUCAUCGGCAACUCCACGCUGCUGCGGAUCAUCUACAAGAACAAGUGCAUGAGGAACGGCCCCAACAUUCUCAUCGCCAGCUUGGCCUUGGGCGACCUGCUCCACAUCAUCAUCGACAUCCCCAUCAAUGUCUACAAGCUACUUGCAGAGGACUGGCCCUUUGGUGUUGAAAUGUGCAAAUUAGUGCCCUUCAUUCAAAAGGCAUCAGUGGGCAUCACGGUGCUGAGUUUGUGCGCCCUCAGUAUAGACAGGUACCGAGCAGUCGCUUCCUGGAGUCGCAUUAAAGGAAUUGGAGUGCCGAAGUGGACUGCUGUGGAAAUUGUCCUCAUCUGGGUCAUAUCAGUGAUACUGGCUGUUCCAGAAGCUAUUGCUUUUGACAUGAUUACAAUGGAGUACAGAGGAAGGUAUCUUAGAAUCUGCUUGCUUCACCCCACGCAGAAAACACCCUUUAUGAUGUUUUACAAGCAAGCUAAAGACUGGUGGCUGUUCAGUUUUUACUUCUGUUUGCCACUGGCUAUCACAGCAUUUUUUUAUACUCUCAUGACUUGUGAGAUGUUACGAAAGAAAAGCGGGAUGCAAAUUGCUUUAAAUGACCACUUAAAACAGAGACGUGAAGUGGCCAAAACUGUGUUCUGUCUGGUACUUGUUUUUGCCUUGUGUUGGCUCCCACUUCACUUAAGCAGAAUCUUGAAACUCACUAUCUAUGAUCAGAAGGACCCCAACAGAUGUGAACUUCUAAGCUUUUUUCUUGUGAUGGACUAUAUCGGUAUUAACAUGGCUUCGCUGAACUCCUGCAUCAAUCCAAUAGCUCUGUAUUUGGUGAGCAAAAGAUUCCAAAACUGCUUUAAGUCAUGCUUGUGUUGCUGGUGCCAAUCCAAAGAUCUGUUGUCCCUGGAGGAAAGGCAGUCCUGUUUAAAGUUCAAAGCUAAUGAUCACGGAUAUGAUAAUUUCCGCUCCAGUAACAAGUACAGCUCUUCAUAAAACAAGCAUAAAAGGUAUAUUCUCUUACAUUAAUGCUGGUGCCUUUUUCAGUAAAAGUGGCAAUUACUUUUAACAAGAUGGCAACAUCCAGAAAAAUCUAGUUUUGAAUUUGCACAAAAAAAAGAACAUUAAAAAAAUUGCCCUAAAACUGUGUCACAUUGAAAAGCACCGACGUUUAUGAAAUCAUCAUUUAUGGAGCACGAAGAGAAGCAUAGAAAGAACAAGUCAUUGUUAGCACUUG